AUGCGCCUCCUCAACAUUCGGACCCUGGAAUUUCGCGAGUUCCGCAGCAACGAACAACCCAAGUACGUGAUCGCCUCGCACCGAUGGGUCGAGGGAUGCGAAGUAACGCUUCAAGACGUUCGUAACGGGUGCAAUCUGGAGAAGAGCGGGUAUCAGAAGAUUGCAGCGUUUGCAUACUUUGUACAGCAGCGUGUUCCUUCAGUGCAGUGGUUGUGGAUUGAUACCUGCUGCAUUGAUAAGCAGAGUUCUGCAGAACUGUCCAAGUCGCUCAACUUGAUGUUUGAUUGGUAUCGAAACGCUGUGUUGUGCAUUGCGUAUCUCGCAGACGUCGACACUACAAACGAUCACGCGUGGGAGGGCAGCGACUGGUUCAAGAGGGGCUGGACUCUGCAAGAGCUGCUUGCUCCACAUCUAGUUCUCUUUGUCACAAACACAUGGAAAGUCAUUGGUCAUAAGGGGGAUUCUGCCUGUGUUGAUUUCGGGCUUGUCUGUGGGCCCAAUCUGGAGGAGGAUCUUGCCGCGAGAACGGGCAUACCACAUCGAAUACUGCAUGAUUACGCGGCCAGCUCUGAUAUCAGCUGGAAGGAGAAGCUGAAGUGGAUGGAGGGCCGGGAAACUGCAGAACCUGAAGACAUGUGGUACGCUCUAUACGGCAUACUCGACGUAACUCUAGGGGCCAAUUACGGAGAAAAGUAUGAUGGAGCUCGGCGACGUCUGAUGGACAAAGUACAUGAGCGGGACGAAGCGCCUAUUCAACAAGCUGAGCAGCGUAGAAAUAUUACUGCUUGGCUCUCGCCGCCUGACCCGUGGACGAACCAUGAGGCGGCACGACAGUUACGUGAGCCUGGGACUGGAGACUGGCUGAUUCAGUCAAAAAAAUAUAGGCUGUGGAAGGAUGGUUCGGUCCGUCAUUUGUGGAUGUACGGGAAAGCAGGGUGUGGGAAGACGAUUCUCUGCUCUACAGCUAUCGAGGACGUGAAAGCGUACUGCAACGACCAUCCCAACGCCGGCUUUGCCGUCUUCUACUUUUCCUUUUCGGACGAUCAGAAGCAGCGCCAUUCCGACCUUCUCCGUUCACUCGUUGUGCAGUUGGGCCGCAAGGACCCAGGUUUUUCGAUGCUCAAACAGGCAUACGACAACCGGAAUCAAAGUCUGCCCGGGCAGGAUGAGAUUGAGAAUAUUCUCUCUUCCUGCUUCAAUUCCUACGAAAAGGUAUUCCUCCUGAUCGACGCGCUUGACGAGUGUCCCGACGAGGGUGACGCCCGGCUCAACAUGUUCAAAUGCGUAGACAGACUGUCGAAACAGGCACGCAAUGUCCAAAUAUUGGCAACGAGCCGCGAUGUUACAGACAUACGGGACUCAAUGAAGACACUGGAUGCAAAGUUCGUGCAUAUUGCCAAACGUCAUGUGGAUAAGGACAUUCAACGAUACCUUUCAUCGCAGCUCUCGGGUGGUUCUCAUUCUCCGCUGUUACGACUGGAGGCGAGCGGUUUGAUUGAAAAGACUCUUUUUGAAAAGGCAGACGGGAUGUUUCGUUGGACGUAUUGCCAAGUGCAGGAGCUGAGAAGUAUCAAGGCGGUUAAGCAAAAAGAUAUCCAGGACAUAUUAGACAACGUUCCUCCUACCCUCGAUGCCACCUACGCACGCAUCCUAGGCAAAAUCGACUACCGUUCUCGGAAGGUAGCUACCACUUACCUCCAAUGGUUGGCGUAUGCGAAGGGGCCUCCUACCCUUGGCGAGCUAGCUGAGGCUUCUAGGGUCGACCCAACAGCACAACAAGUGUCGAACGAGCGCGCGAUGCUCGACGGCCCGCUAGUGAUCCUCCCCGGGCUUGUCGCUACCAAAAAUAGCGAAUUCGAAUCUCUGGUCAGCGACGGUUCUUUUCGCGCAUCUGUCAGGGAAGACACGAUGAGAGGGGAAGACACGAUGAGAGGGGAAGACACGAGAAUCAGGCUGGCACAUCUGUCAGUAAAAGAAUAUCUCGAAACGAAGCGCAUGCUCCAAUGCGAGGAAAAGGAUUUCCACCUCGAGAGCAGUCUAGGACAUCAGUUCCUUGCUCAAAGCUGCCUCGUCUAUCUUCAUUUUUACAGCAGCAGCAGUCAGAAACAGUCUAAGAAGCAAGAUUUCACGACAUUCCCAUUGCUCACAUACGCAGCAAAGUCGUGGUUCUACCAUUCAGCACUUCAACAAGCAACUGAGCCUGUUUACGAGCUCGAACUACUACUACGUAACCCAAGGACAUUGCGCGACUGGCUACUAGUGUGCCAGUUAGAGGCUACAUGGAGACGUCCGUUUAGCGACAUUGGAAAUCUGAAAUCGAGCCUAUACUACGCUAGCUACAUUGGGCUAGAGCAGGUAGUAAGAAAACUUCUCAAGGAUCCGGAAUAUAUUGAUGCUCCGCAAAAGUGCUACUCGGAAGCGCUGUGGGCAGCAGAACGUCAGCGCCACGAGAAGGUAGCCAAGUUGCUGAGAGCUGCGGGAGCGCAUGUCCACGCACGUCAAGUAGAUCACGAUUACGAAAUGCACGCAGCAUCAAUAUAA